CAAGUCUCUUACUCACACACACUCACUCUCGCUCUCUUUUUAUUUUUGCAGGACAUUGCGGCUUAUAUCAAGAAGGAAUUCGACAAGAAAUACAAUCCAACAUGGCAUUGCAUUGUCGGCCGCAAUUUCGGAUCGUAUGUGACACACGAGACGCGCCAUUUCAUAUAUUUCUAUUUGGGCCAGGUGGCCAUUUUAUUGUUUAAGAGCGGUUAAAGUAUUGUCGAGUCGGAUGAAGUGGUGGUCAGGAGGCUGGAGGAGCAACAGCAGCAGCAGCAGCAGCA